AUGGAUCCUACACCCCCUGAAGAACACGUUCCUCAGCCUGGAGAAUGGCCUGUUGAUCCCCAGGAAGAUCUCCCCAUCUCAGAGGAUCGACUUUGGGUGGAUGGAUGUUUCGACUUCAGUCACCACGGCCAUGCAGGAGCUAUGCUCCAAGCUAGACAGCUCGGAAAAGCUCUUUACGUGGGAAUACACUCCGAUGAAGCGAUCCUCGAGAACAAGGGUCCGACGGUGAUGUCACUGGAAGAACGUGUUGCUGCAGUGGACGCCUGUCGAUGGGCAACUCAGAGUGUCCCUCACGCCCCCUAUGUGACUUACCUCCCGUGGGUGUCUCACUACGGAUGUAAAUAUGUGGUCCACGGAGACGACAUUACCUCCGACAGCGAUGGAAAUGACUGUUACCGAUUCGUAAAAGCAGCUGGUCGCUUCCGCGUCGUCAAGCGCACCCCUGGAAUUUCCACAACCGAUCUGGUCGGCCGCAUGUUGCUAUGCACCAGGAACCACUUUGUCAAGUCGGUCAAGGGAACACUUUCGGGACAUGAAGGAAUCGGAAGCCCCGAAGAGCGCCAAGCUUCUGCCACAGAUCUUCUGCGUCGAAUUAAAGACUAUGCUACCGACGAGAGCGGUCUGCAGCCCGGACCCCAGGUGUGGACAUGGAGUGGUUCUGGCACCGCGAAGCUGGACCAUGUGCUUGAGGAAGCUGGCCAGUUUGAGACAUUGGUGGAUGGAAAGGGACCCCGACCUGGACAACGCAUUGUCUAUGUCGAUGGCGGGUUUGAUCUCUUUUCGUCUGGUCAUAUUGCUUUCCUCCGCAAGGUCACUGAACUCGAGGAGGCCGAAGCCCGUCAACGCGGCUGGUAUGACCCAGAACAAACCGACAAGCGCUUGAAGGAGUUCCAGGAGGACUAUUCCCCGGCCUACAUCGUCGCAGGUAUUCAUGACGAUGAUGUGAUCAACCACUGGAAGGGUCUGAACUAUCCCAUCAUGAACAUCUUCGAGCGUGGUCUGUGUGUUCUUCAAUGUCGCUACAUCCAUGCCGUUGCAUUCUCAGCUCCCUUCACCCCGAGCGAGGCAUACCUCAAGGCCAUGCCGUGGGGUACCCCCGAUGCGGUCUAUCAUGGACCUACCACCUUCAUCCCACUCACCUACGACCCAUACACCGAUCCUAAGAAGAUGGGCAUUUUCCGUGAAGCUGAGCAGCACGCCUUCCAGCACGUGAACGCUGGCGAGAUCGUUGGUCGAAUCUUGAAGAGCCGUGAAGCCUAUGAAGCUAGGCAACGCGCCAAGCUGGAUAAAGCUGUUGCGGAGGAUCUAGUGAAGUCGAAGGAAGCAGCCCAAGGCCAAUAG